AUGGGUGAAUCCGGUGAACAAGCGCAGCCGUCGGCAGCUAGCGGGCACCAGCACCAGCAGCAGGAACUGACCAGCAAGAUGCGCGUCGGCGAGGACGAUCUGCCGAGCCUCGAGUACAUCGAGGAUCCGUACAUACCGAAGCUGGAUCCGAACUGCUUUACGCCCUCGCUGGACGAGGUGUACGACAUCGACGAAGACGACGGACUGAUCGGACACGAGGAGCAACACUGGUCCGACGAAACGGAACGCUAUCUCCGCUCGCUAACGCUCGACCAAAUCCUUGGAGUUCCCUCCGACGAUGAGGAUAUCGAUCCAACAGCGGAAGUCGAGCUGCAGACGGUGGAGACGGAGUUCAAUCCACCACUGUCCUCGGACGAAGGUGAUACAAGCGAGCAGCCGUCCGUCGGCAGAUCACCCGCCCGCGAUCCUAGCGAGCGGUUGGGCGUUGGCAUUUGUUUCGAACCGGUCGGCAAAGAUGAUACGCCACCCAGCCCGUUGCGGUCGGGCAGUGGCGGUGUGGUGCGCAACAUGCUGGCCAGCAGAUUGCUGCUCGGCAGCGGUGCCACCAACCGGCGGAUCCGGGCACUUUUCAAUCGGCGCAAAAUUCGGGACGUACGCGUCACGUUCAUCGACUUCUCGAAGCCAUAUCUGGCCCGUAUCUCGAGCGGUGAUAACUACAAAAGCUUCCUCAACAUUGGGAGUGCACCAGACAAUUCUGGCAAAUUGUCCGAUGCAUCUCCGGUUGGAUCGAUCAGCUCUGCCGAAAUAGCGAACGAAUUUUCCGGCCUAUCAGCAGAGGAGCAAACAGCGCAGCGCGAAGAAUGGAGUCAGGAACUGGCCCGUGUUGAAGAGGAGAUAACAACAUUGCGGACGGUGCUACAGUCAAAAAUGCGCCAUGCCAGCGAGCUGAAACGCAAGCUUGGAAUAACCGUGUGGAAGGAGAUCACGGACGACGUUAGCCAAGGAUUUAAGAACGUCAAAGAAAGCAACGUUUAUCAAAGCGUCGAAACGAAGGUGGGAGAAAUAACGAACGUGGUUACAAGUGCGCCGAUGAUAUCGAGAGGCUAUCAAAAGACGGAAAGUGCGCUCAAAACGACAGCCGGUAAGACAACAUCUGUGAUCGGUGGCAUUGCGGGUAAGAUGACCCAAAAGUUGACGGAGAUGAAGCAGUCCGAUUCAUUCCGGUCGUUUGAGGAACGUGUCGGAUCGGCGUACGAAAAUGUUCGGUCGAAGGUUUCAUCGCGCUCCAGCUCGGUGCAGAGCUUGUCUGAUAUUCAGAAUGACGAACGUCGCAGUUCCGUGACAACGCCAACCGCCAUCCCAGAGGAGAAGCCCAUCCCGUAA